CAGUAAACAUACUGCCUUAUCUCAGCCUUUAAAAAUAUUGCUCUGUCUCUUUGUUUCCUAAAUAGUUCUUUCCUAAAUGCCAUGCUUUUCUGGAGGCUCAUGUUCAAGAACCCAGUCAUUUCUACACAUCAAAGACGACUUGAGAAAAGAAACAAAGGAUCAAUUUUCCUCUUGAAACAAAAUCACUCCCAAGGGAAUCCAUGCUCACAAUAAAAGUGUUUGGGAUUGGUUGUACAAACAACACUGCAGAUUUAUUGGCCUGGACCUGUCUUCCAUUGUUUCCCAAAGAAAAAUCCAUUCUCGGGUCUGUGCUGUUCAGCAUGACAUUACAGAAUGAGCCUCCAAUGGAAAUAAUAGCUCCGGGAGUGUGGGAUAGAAGUCAGCCAGCCCCGGUGACCCUACAGAUUGAUUUUCCAGCUACUGGAUGGGAGUAUAUGAGACCUGAUUCUGAAGAGAAUAGAACUCAUCUUGAAGAACCACCGAGAGAGUGUUUGAAACAUAUUGCCAGUCUUUCGCAGAAACAGACUCCUUUAUUACUCUCUGAGGAAAAGAGAAGAUACUUAUGGUUUUAUCGCUUCUUCUGCAAUAACAAAAACUGCUCCCUCCCUUUGGUCCUGGGAAGUGCCCCCGGAUGGGAUGAAAGGACUGUUUCAGAAAUGCAUACCAUCUUGAGAAGGUGGAAAUUUUCUCACCCUUCAGAAGCACUUGGGCUUUUGUCUCCCAGCUUUCCAGAUCAAGAAAUUCGGAAAGUGGCUGUUCAACAAUUGGACAACCUCUUGAGCGAUGAACUAUUGGAGUAUCUCCCACAGCUCGUUCAGGCUGUCAAGUUUGAGUGGAGCCUGCAGAGUCCUCUGGUGGAACUUCUCCUGCACCGCUCCUUGCAGAGCAUUCAGGUGGCUCAUCGUCUUUACUGGCUGCUAAAGGAUGCACAAAAUGAAGCUUAUUUUAAAAGUUGGUAUCAGAAGCUGUUGGCUGCUCUCCAGUUCUGUGUAGGAAAAGCCUUGAACGAUGAAAUUUCCAAGGAGAAGAAACUUAUCAGAAUUCUGAGAGACAUUGGGGAAAAGGUCAAGUCUGCCAGUGACUCUCAAAGACAGGAGAUACUAAGAAAAGAGGUCGGCAGACUAGAUGAAUUCUUUCAAGAUACGAAUACGUGUCAUCUUCCAUUGAACCCUGCACUGUGUAUAAAAGGGAUUGACCGCAAUGCAUGUUCAUAUUUCACAUCUAAUGCUUUGCCAUUGAAGAUUACUUUCAUCAAUGCUAAUCCACUGGGCACAAACAUCAGUGUCAUUUUUAAGGCUGGAGAUGAUCUUCGCCAGGAUAUGCUUGUUCUACAGGUUAUUCAAGUGAUGGACAACAUUUGGCUACAGGAGGGUCUAGAUAUGCAAAUGAUCAUUUAUAGAUGUCUGUCCACAGGGAAAAAUCAAGGGCUGGUGCAGAUGGUACCUGAUGCUGUAACCCUGGCAAAGAUCCAUCGCCAUUCUGGACUCAUAGGACCACUGAAAGAAAAUACAAUCAAAAAGUGGUUCAGCCAGCACAACCACGCGAAGGCAGAUUAUGAAAAGGCCUUGAGGAACUUUUUCUAUUCCUGUGCUGGCUGGUGCGUGGUGACCUUCAUCCUGGGAGUUUGUGAUCGUCACAAUGAGAACAUCAUGCUGACAAAGGCGGGCCAUAUGUUUCAUAUCGACUUCGGAAAAUUCUUAGGUCAUGCACAAACAUUCGGAGGGAUUAAAAGGGACAGAGCCCCUUUCAUUUUUACCUCAGAGAUGGAGUACUUUAUUACAGAGGGUGGGAAAAACCCACAACACUUUCAAGAUUUUGUGGAGCUUUGCUGUAGAGCAUAUAAUAUUGUCAGAAAGCACAGCCGACUGCUCUUAAACCUUCUAGAAAUGAUGCUACACGCAGGAUUGCCUGAGCUACGUGGAAUCCAAGACCUGAAAUACGUGUAUAACAACCUUCGCCCACAAGACACAGACCUGGAAGCAACAAGUCAUUUUACCAAGAAAAUAAAGGAAAGCCUGGAGUGUUUCCCUGUUAAAUUGAACAAUUUGAUCCACAUACUCGCGCAAAUGUCAGCUGUGAACCCCACCAAAUCUCCUCCGAUGUCCUCCCGGAACUCCUGUGUACUAAGUACAGCCGGGUCAGUUCAAAGGGCAACAAUUUUAGGGUUCAGCAAGAACCCCAGUGAACUGUAUUUGAUCCAGGUGACACGUGGUAACAAGGAAACCAGCCUGACAGAAAAGUCAUUUGACCAGUUUUCAAAAUUUCACAACCAACUUCAGAAGCAGUUUGCAUCACUGACCCUCCCAGAGUUUCCUCAUUGGUGGCACUUACCUUUUACAAAUUCUGACCACCAAAGAUGCAGAGAUUUAAAUCAUUACAUGGAGCAGAUAUUACAUGGACCAUAUGAGGUUGCAAAUAGUGAUUGUGUACUUACUUUUUUCCUCUCUGAGCCCGUGGAACGAAUGAUUGAAGAAUCUUCACUUGUGGACCCAGGUGAGAAGUCUGCAGACAAGAAUCCUAAGGUGCAGCUAGUGAUAUCACAUGAGGAGGCAAAGCUGACUAUACUGGUAAAACACAUGAAAAACAUUCAUCUCCCAGAUGGCUCUGCGCCCAGCGCACAUGUUGAAUUUUAUCUUUUACCAUCUCCCAGUGAAGUUCGUAGGAGGAAAACAAAAUCUGUUCCAAAAUGCACCGACCCCACUUACAAUGAGAUUGUGGUAUAUGAUGAAGUCGCAGAGCUCCGAGGGCAUGUCCUAAUGCUUAUUGUGAAGAGUAAAACUGUUUUUGUGGGAGCAAUUAACAUCCAACUCUGUAGUGUCCUGCUCAAUGAAGAAAAAUGGUAUCCACUAGGAAACAGCAUAAUUUGACCAUUACAACGAACAUAUGCAUUAUUCAUUAACUGAUUUUUUUUUCACUCCUAGGUCUCUUUAUCACAAAAGCAGGAUAUCUUUGUUGCAUAGGAUAUUAGGGACAUAAGAAAAAUAAUCAAAGUCAGCCUGUUAUAAUUAUUUAUUCUCUCUCUGUUCUUUCCUUAUUUUCUUAAGAUCUUUUUGCUUACAGUUAAAAGUAAUACUUUUAGCUGGUGGUGGCACAUACCUGUAAUCCCAGCACUCAGGAGGCUGAGGCAGGAGGAUCACU